AUGGGCAAUGCUCCUCCAGAAAAGACAGCAGACGGGACAGCACCGGUAUUAGAACAGGCUGCAUCUUCUGCUUCAGCGCGACCCAAUGCCAGACACCAUUCCAGCUUCGCAGAAGCUCGAUAUGGAACCACCUCUUCGCCCUUGAAUAUGGGCAUGACAUAUCCCCUCCCAGGUCAUCAUUCACAAGGCUCCCCAUAUGAUCAUCAGUCAAUGCAUCAAUAUCCCGCAGCCCACGGGCAAGGCAUGAUGUAUCCUAUGCCAAUGCCUCCGUAUGGACACAACUCCGGCAUGUACGGCAUGCCUUACCCAGCUUAUCCGCCAUAUGCGAUCCCUCAAGGAACUCAUUACCAGCCACAUGGAACCCAAAUGCAAAACCUCAGUCCCGGGCAGAUAUCUCCCUAUGCCUCGGGUUAUUACCCUCAUUCGCCAUGGGGUCCCCCUUACGGACCGACGGUGCCCACUGGACAAAUGCCCCAGGCUUCACCCCCAGUCCGUACUAAUUCAACCUCGCCCUCAAAACCGGCCUCUAUGCGCAAAGAAGCCGAUAAACGAGUGGUGGAAUUGGAAUACGACGUCUCCAAGACCAUCGUGGAUGGAUCUAAUCCCAUGAAAUUAGCCCACCCCCAACCGCUCCUCUCUGAUAAUACUUCCCCUUCGCAAUCAGCCCCGACCGCUCCGAGUACCCCACGAGGACCACCCCGAAAGCCAAAGCAAUCCGGCCACGCGCUCUGGGUUGGAAAUCUUCCCCCAGGAGCCAACGUCGUGGAUCUCAAGGACCACUUCUCACAAGAUGCAACAAACGACAUCGAGAGUGUGUUUCUAAUCUCCAAGAGUAAUUGUGCCUUUGUGAAUUACAAGUCGGCUGCUGCCUGUGUCGCGGCGUUGGCGAGGUUUCACGACUCCCGAUUCCAGGGUGUGCGUGUGGUCUGCCGAUUACGAAAGGGAUUCACGGCUCCAGGAUCCGGGUCUGUAGGUGUGGCAGGUCCCAUGGUGAAUCAUGCUCCCCGACCACGAUUGGAGGAUAUUGCUACGGCCACAGCUACUCCUACGACUACUAUUGCGGAUCCGGGUGAGGAACAUUCAAGCACAUUGGAGCUUAGCUCGGCAGCUCCCGCUACGGGGAACUACCCGCCCCCGGCCCGGCUGGUCGAUCGGUACUUUAUUGUCAAAAGCUUGACGGUGGAGGAUCUUGAGCUGAGCAGGCAAAGUGGCAUUUGGGCUACGCAGUCGCACAACGAGGCGGCAAUGAAUCAGGCUUUUGAGACCACCGAUUACGUCUAUUUAAUCUUCUCCGCCAACAAAUCGGGCGAAUAUUUUGGAUACGCACGCAUGAUGUCACCAAUCAGCGACGACGAAGAACUCGCCUUGGAGAUGCCAUCUCGGCCCGAUCUUCCGCCCGGGCCUGACGACCUCGAAGUGACCUUGACAGCGGCGACCUCGACAGCGCCUCAGGGCCGAAUCAUUGAUGAUUCCGUGCGGGGUACUAUCUUCUGGGAAGUCGAGUCGUCGGAAGAUGAGAACGACGCCGCCAGCGAAAAGAGCGUGGAGAAAAAUGCCGAACUCGAGGAUCCAGAAGAGGGCCAAACCUUUGGUAAACCCUUCCGCAUUCAAUGGAUUUCAACGGAGCGAGUGCCCUUUCAACGCACCCGUGGCCUUCGUAACCCAUGGAAUGCGAAUCGGGAAAUUAAAGUUGCUCGCGAUGGCACUGAAAUCGAGCCGACGAUUGGCCGGAAGCUGAUUCAGUUGUUUCACUUGCCUUGA